AUGAACUCUUUCCUUGCCCUAGCUUACCGUGAUACUCCUCAGAUAUCCAUUUCAGAGUAUGCUUAUGAUUUACCAGAAGUCCGGGAGUCCAUAUGGCUCGAUGUGAACGACUCGACUGCCUCUACACUCAUGCCUGAGCUCAGAAAGCGCGCUAGCACCCGAAAAGGUCAGAAGGGGAAGGUGGUGCCUACUCAAAGAUCAUUACUAGAUCUGUUUUCUAUCAAGGCCGCUGCUGGCAACAGUCCGCCUUCCACCGCUGCGUCGGAAUCACAAAGAUCCGAGGGAGACACCAAGAGCACAGAAGCCAGCGAUAUUGAAUUGGUCGAGAUUUCGGACGCGAGUCCAGGAACAACGGAUGUGGAAAUGCUAUCGAGCGAAGGCAUACUGGACGACUCAGAUACCCCUUCAGGACAAGAUGCCUUAGUAGAGGGCCUCAGCCGUGAAAAGCCCAUCAUCAUAGACUCAAGUCCUGUCAAGCCCCUCAAAGCUAGUGAUGAAUCCCCAAAGGCUUUCUAUUCCAUUUUCGCACCUCGACGUAAACCCGCUACAAGGAUCAGCCCUAUAAGGCGGAGCUUCCACAAUAAAUUCGUCGAUGCCCCCCUGCCAGAUCGUCACACACAGCACGUUCGAGGGCCUCAGACCCUUUUCCGCCCAUCAGCAACGGAAUUAGUAAAGCGCCGGCCGGAUGCACAGCAUCAUCCGACGGCAGGCCCUAUGUCCCUGUCCACUGACCCUUGUGCCUCAAGCGCAGUACACGUCAGCGGCUCGCCGAAUGCAAUUGCGAUCUCGACUCCGACAUCAGAAGCCAUGCUUGUUGCUCCACCUUCUCUGGACACGCGAAUGCCAUGCACCUCUGACUCCGCGGCUGGACCCUCAUCUUGCGACACCGACCCUCAAGGCAGUCCGCUGCUAGGAACGAGCUUCGACGACAUCCCCCUGUCUCACCGUGCGUAUCCAGCUAUCCGGCGUGUUGUGGAGCUGUCUUUGGCUCGGGAAAAAGACCAUCUAAAUGAGUCUGCUUUGUCACACGAGCUAUGGACAGAUAAGUGGCGUCCUCGACGUGCCGACGAGACGCUCGGAAAUGAAGACCGCGCACUCUAUCUGCGCGCGUGGCUACUCGCCCUCAAACUACGUGUCGAGACAUUACCUUCGGAGGGCCCGACUCAAAAUUUAGGUAGCCAGCCUGAGCCCAAGAAGAGAACGAAGCCAAGAAAAGAAGCGCGAGGAGUCAAGCGACCGCAAGUUCUAAGGCAAAUUCACAAGCGCAGAAAGCGGCAGCGAUUAGACUCGGAGGAACCGGAUGACGCGUGGCUCGUGGACGACGGGGUCGAGUCUGAUUGCGUUUGGGGGGAGGCCGAAAGCGAGGACGAGGUCGCGUUCUGUCAGCGAACGCUCUCUCGGCUGCAACGUGCCCCAGGAGAAGCCGCGGAUGAGGCACCCUGUGAGCCUAUUAAAUCAUCUACCGAGCCCGAGGCGGGUGCCGUCCCUGAUUUCUCCUGUUCCGCCCCUCGUUUCGGCGAUCAAAUUCACAACACGAUUCUCCUGCACGGCCCGUCCGGAUGCGGGAAGACUGCGGCCGUCUAUGCGUGUGCGGAGGAGCUGGGGUGGGACGUCUUCGAGGUGUACCCGGGCAUUGGCGACCGCAGCGGCACAGCCCUGAACAAGCUCAUCGGCGACGUGGGGAAGAACCAUCUGGUGAAGCAGACCCAGCGCCAGCAGAAGCGGCUGUUCGUUGGUGGUCGUGAAGGGGAUGCAAUAGCGGGCGCGGACGGGAUGCGAGAAGCGCACCGUCCGGUACACAGGCGUCUCAGGCGCGUGGACUCGGAGCAAGAAGUGAAUGUCACCAAUGUUCUUGGGGAUUACGCGACAGCACCGGACAGCGCAAUAAACUCCCCGUCCCAGCCGUCGGUCUCCCAGUCCAUUAUACUUGUUGAGGAGGUAGACGUGUUAUACGAAGGCGACAGUGGUUUCUGGCCCGCAUUGAUCAACAUCAUCAAGGACUGUCGGAGACCGGUGGUCUUGACGUGUAACGGCGAGUGUCAACAAAUUAGCGCGCCAUCCUCCAGCUACAAUUUGGGGUCGUGGGCCAUCCUGAAGGCAGUAAAGGGGAUUGCCCAAAUCACAUAUCGGUCGCCCCGCCAGACGCGCUUCCUGAGCUGCCUUGUAACGAAGCCUCUCAAAUGGGAUCCCCGGAUGCCUUGCGGCGCAUGGAUCAAUGAAACGAUGAUGGUCGAGCCACGCACUGCCGACACGGAGCUGGGGUAUACGCCCUUGCCCUGUGAUGCAGCUACGGCCGCGUCAGCGCUGCCUGUUAAUGAAUCCUUUUACCGCCAGGAUGUCAUAUUUGCACGCGAGGCGCUUGCGAGGUGCCAGAAUCAACUUGGCUGCAAGUGUUUCCUGCCCACGGAUCUCCAGGGCUGCGCCCCUUCGGCACGAGAGCGUGCCGCCCAGACGAUUGCUGGCCUUGAAGAGCUGCAGAUUCCUGUGCGUGCGCUGACGGAUCGUACCGCGGUGUUCAUGGACUACGGACCUUGGGUGAGGUAUAUGGUCGGCAUCGACGACGCCAACAUGGCGGCACUGCAGGAGUCCGAGGCGGCGAAGGAGGGCACACGGCGGACGCGGAACAGCCAGAAGUCCUACGAGAUCGUGCGCCACAUACCUAUGAGCGAGGCUGGCCGACGGACGCUUGCGCGCGUACUUGUCCAGCAAUCUCGCAGUGAUCGAGCGCGAUUCUCGGGGCGUUAUCGAGUCGCUCUGCGCCGGGAGCAGUGUUUGCUGUGCUGCACGGGCGCGUCCCUGGGCAUCCGGACGGGUGGCUCGGCCUUCUCGCGGAGAAUGCAGAACGGUGGCAGGCCGAUUCGGAGCGAAAUAGCGGGCAGCAUCGCAUGGAAGUCGAACAAGCGUGGCUACGGCCGGGCACCCCGCUCUCACUCGCUACAUACGCUGCAGAGUGAGAUUAGGAUUAUGCGGAUUGUUGUAUGCGGGCUUAAAUUGCGGGGGAGGACAAGGGUGCAGAGCGAGGCUGGGGAUGGCAGCCACGCGUCUGUGUUCUCUUCCUUAACCACUGCAGUGGUCCGUAUAAGCACCUCCCGCGUAGACCCCCUCCCCGCUCCUCCUCCCAGGCCCAUGCACAACACGGGCUCGCCUCGCGCUCCUCCGCACGACCCUCCCUCCGCCCCGUCCAACCCCUCCGCCUCGCCCACCGUGCCUGCCCGACAUUCGCCCGUAGCUCCCCUCGCACCCCUCGAAUUCCUCCAGAACCAGCGCAGAGGAUCCAUCACAGACCCUUCACUGCAUGCUGGCCCGGCAGCGCACUCACAUAUGACCAACUCCGCAGCACUGGGCAGCGGGCCAUCAUCCUUCCGCCGUCUCAACUCCCCUCCCCUCCCCGCGUUCUCUGUAGCCCACGAUCAUCCACCACGAGGCCCGCUCGCACCGCCCCAUCCGGCGUCUUCCUUCAGAUUCGGCGAUGCAUCUGCGCUAUCGUCGGAAAGCAAGGCCCAUUCGAGAAGGCCGCAGCGAUCGUCGUCUGCAGACGGUAAAAGACCCGCACUGGCUGAUGAGACCCGUCGAGAAUCCGAGGGCGGCCCUGAAAGAAGUCCGUCUGGCAGCAGAGAAGAUGGUGCUGUCGCUGGAGCGUCCGGAAGGACCCACGGUGACAGGAUGGACGUUGAUUCGCGGGAGCAUAAGCCCGAGCCACGCGAGCAGGGGGGGUCACGUCACCUUGCUGCGCGCGAGGCUGGGCAGGCGGGAUACAGCGCGCGGCGUCACUCGAUAGCGGCUGGUCCUCGGGCGUCGGGGCUGCUGCACGAUCGACACCUACCUUCUCCAGUUCAGGGGAUCAAACGGAAGAUGUCGCCGGAGGCGGGGGUGCAGAGCCCGGGGAUGGAAGACAUGGAUGGGCCUGGUAGUGGGAUGGAGACAGAGGGCCCCGCGCCGAAACGGCGUGGGUCGGCGAUUGACACGCAGAAGAUUGCGCAGCUGAGCUUGUACGAUCGUCGAAAUUCUGUGGAUGCGCGGGGAGGGGGCCGGGAGCGGUGGGGAGGGGAGAGACGGGAUACGACGCAUGCGAGUGCGGGUGCGGGUGCAAGUGCAAGCACGCCGAUGGCAGCCAGUGGCUACUCCACGCCGCCGUCGGGAGUUGCCGGGGAGUUGCCACAUGGGCGGCCUCCUGGCGGCAUCGCUACAUUCGCGUGGCCUGCCAACCCUCAGCAUCCCGAUCAGGCCUCCCCCAUGCAGAACGAGCCCAAUGUUAAUAUGGCGGGCCCUCCGCACUCAUACGACCCUCUCAGCACCAUGCCUCCCGUCUCCUUCGCCCAGGAUCGCCGAAUGUCUGCCCCUGCCAUUUCCCCCGAAAAUUUGCCCUCCCCGCCCUCCACAGGCCCGUCCCGCGUCCUCAGGUCACGCUCCCGUCCCCCGUCGCGUGUCCGAGCCGCAGACCAAUCACCUUUCUCCAAUCCCGCCGGUCCAUCAUCCGCCCCCGUGGGCGACGAUGCUGCCGCCCAGCAGGCCCUCAAGGAGUCCGGCUCGACCCCCUACUCCCGCUCCCCCGAGCUGCGCGUGUCGCACAAGCUCGCGGAGAGAAAGCGCAGGAAGGAGAUGAAGGAGCUCUUUGACGAGCUACGCGACCAGCUCCCCGCCGAUCGCGGCAUGAAAGCAAGCAAAUGGGAGAUCCUCAGCAAAGCGAUCGAUUUCAUUAUGAACUUGAAGCAAAGCCACCAGGAGAUGGGCCGCGAGAUUGAGAUGCUACGGCACGAGCUCGACAGCAUACGACAUGGCAUGCCGCCACCACCCUUCCCGCCCGGGCCCCCGCAGUCGGUCGUGUAUGCGCACGGCCCGCCCGUUGGCGUGCAGUCGUAUCCGCACCCCGGCCCUCCAGGCGCGCCCCCGCCUCUACACCAGGGCCCACCGCCCCCACACCAAGCACCUCCGCACCAUCAACCACCAACACCCCACCAGCCGCUGCCGUCUGGGCAACCGCCACACUCACGACCGGGAUCGUCACAAAACAUAUACCCCCCUGGCCCGGGGCCUAUGGGGCAGUCCCCCAACGCGAAUAAUGGCGCGUCGGGCGUGCAGAUCGCGAAGACAGACCCCUCAUCAUAA